AUUCGGUACAACUGAAUUGAAAACAAAAUAGUUGGUGAUCAUUUCUUAUCAGAUUCUUAUCAUGAAAGUAAACCACACACUGCCCUUUGAUGCCUCGCUGCUGCGAAUUAACUUUUCGCUGCGGCAAAUCGAGGAGAUCGCAACGAGCACAUCCCAACGCUCUACUGUAAAAGGUGCCAAUAAAAUUGCGUGGGCGCUGAAGGCGUUGAUGCUAACCGAUCUGACCACAUUGGCUGGAGAUGAUACGGCAGCGAAUGUACGACGAUUGUGUGUACGUGCUUGCUUGCCCUUUGAACCUCAAAUCUUUGGGAAAUGCUUUGAGAGCAAGCUACUCUUGGACAUACAUUGUGCGGCGGUUUGUGUAUAUCCGGCACGUGUAGCGGAUGCUCACAAGGCGUUGCAGCAAUACGGCAAAGUUGAGACCAUUAAUAUAGCUGCUGUGGCUACUGGCUUUCCCACUGGACAAUAUGGCUUGAAGUCACGUCUGCAAGAAAUUGAGGAUGCCAUAAAUGCAGGUGCUACAGAGAUAGACAUUGUAAUCAAUCGCCAGCUGGCGCUCAUAGGCAACUGGCAGGGCGUUUACGAUGAGGUGGUAAUGAUGCGCAAGGCUUGUGGCGAACGCGCACAUCUGAAGACUAUUUUGGCCAUUGGUGAACUGGGAUCUAUGGAAAAUGUGUACAAGGCUUCAAUGGUCUGCAUGUUGGCAGGCGCUGAUUUCAUCAAGACUUCAACUGGCAAGGAGGCAGUAAAUGCCACUCUACCCGUGGGUCUGGUGAUGAUCUAUGCCAUACAGGAGUUCCGGCGCCGCACUGGUGUUAUCGUAGGCCUCAAGCCCGCUGGCGGUGUCCGCACCACAGAUGAUGCUAUUGCCUGGAUGACGCUGGUUAAAGAAACGCUUGGCAUGCACUGGCUGCAGCCUGAGCUAUUCCGCUUUGGUGCCUCUGGAUUACUUGAUGAUAUUGAGAAAGUUGUGCGUCAAGGAAUUGCACAAAUGCAGCAGGUUUAAGGACUGACUGCUACGAUUUUAUGUGUCAUAGAGCGUAUUUUUUAUAAGCAGCAAGAAUUUAUUCACUGAGCAAUAGUUAACUUUAACAUUUUAGCAAACUGAAACAUUUAUCUCAAGUGGAUUCCAAUUCAUUUCAGCUAAACUUUUGAGGAAACAAAGAAGUCAGUAAACUAACAGUUCCAUUUAACUUUGAGCAUAUUAAUCCUAUAUUUGAGCCUUGUAGCUUCAAAGCAUUUAUAAACCAAAUACGCUCUAGUGUUCAUUGUAUGUAU